AUGACAAUCACUGCUCCGAAAAUUGAGACUUUAUUAGGUGUUUUGACUAUUAAGUUGAAUGAUGAUAACUUUGUGAAAUGGAACUAUCAAUUGGAGUCUGUUCUUCAAGGAUACGACUUAUGUGGCCAUUUUGAUGGCUCUUCUGUGUGUCCAUCUAAAUACGUUAUCUCUGAGUCAGAAGGAGUUACAACUGAGCUCACUGAGAGCUAUCGUCAAUGGAUUCAAGUUGAUAAAUCCUUGCUAAGUUUGCUUCUUGCAACACUGUCUGAUGAGGCAAUAGAGUAUGUCAUUGGUUGUAAAUCGGCCAGGGAUGCGUGGCUAAGCCUCACUGAUAGAUAUGCCUCUGUUUCAAGAGCUCGUGUCAAUCAACUCAAAACUGAGUUGCACACUAUCCACAAGGGUGGUGAUUCAGUUGAAAAAUUCUUGCUUCGUCUAAAGCACAUACGAGAUCAGUUGGCAGCAGCAGGAUUUAAGCUCUCAGAUGAUGACAUUAUCAUUGCAGCUUUAAAUGGAUUACCACAGGAAUUCGACAUGAUCAAGACUGUGCUCAUUGCAAGGGAAACACCUAUAGCUCUUAAGGAGUUCAGAGCUCAAUUGCUGUCUGUUGAAAAGAAUAUUGAAUCCAGAAUGUUAGCAAUGAAUCACUCCAUGACUGGUAUGAUGAGUGUCAGUCCGUUUGAAAUUGGCUCAUCAUCUCAUUCUCAAGAUGCUUCUCAGACUCAGGAUACUGCCUCUACAGUUGGUACCAUCACUCCUCACCCUCAAGCUUCAUUUCCUAUGGGCUUUAAUAGGGAUAAAUCUCAUACCAAUACUUCUCAUGGUGCUUAUCAGUCAUCAGAGUUCUCUCAUUCGUCUUAUCAACCUAAUAAUACAUCAGGCUCUACCAAUUAG